UUUUCUGCUGCCUGAUCCAGAGAGCAGCUGAUCGAUCAGAUUCCGACCAUGGGCUGGCUAUUUCCCAGGAUGUCUGUGGCCGAGAUGACAAAUUGGCGGGCGCACAGGCACUUCCGAUGUGCCUUUCUCUCUCCAGCAUCUGCAUAAACACAGUCACUUUCACAUACACUCCGGAUAAUGUCGCUACCGCCGCCACGCGAGGGCACAUCAGCAGCGCGGAGUACCGGACUGGCACCUCUUCCCAAACCCACAUCAUUCAAUUUCCCGGCACGGAACAGCCCGCAGCUUGCUGCAUCUACGACUGCAGGCCGCGUGCGGCACAAGGUUGCGCUGGCCCCGGGUCACUCGCCAAUGGACUGGGCGCGCCUAAAGUCCUCAGGCGAGGACCUCCGCGGGGUGCAGCAGCUGCGGCGUCUGACAAUGGAGGAGGUUGCAAAGCACAAUAAACGUGACGACUGCUGGAUGGUCAUCUACGGCAAGGUCUACAAUGUCACUAGGUAUAUGAACUUUCACCCUGGCGGCCGCGGCCAGUUGAUGAGGGCAGCAGGCAAGGAUGGAUCCAAGCUGUUUGCCGAGACACAUUCGUGGGUCAACGUCGACAUGAUUCUUGACCAGUGCCUAGUUGGGUUCUUGUAGGCUGGCACCAAAAAUAUAUAGCGAUUGUGGUGAUAUCACGGCGCAUGUCAUACGGUGAAUGUGCGUGACAGCGCGGGAACACUCGAUUCCAACUCGCUGCUUGCAAUUGGGUGCUG